AUGAUUAUGGUUAGUGCUGUGAAGUGGGUGGAUGAGGUUAUACCUGAUGCGCCUUACGCUAUUACUGAAGAUUUCAUGAAAAAGUUAUUUGAUGAGUACAAUAUAGAUUACAUUAUUCACGGUGAUGACCCGUGCAUUCUUCCUGAUGGAACUGAUGCUUAUGCUCUUGCAAAGAAGGCUGGCCGCUAUAAGCAGAUCAAGCGUACAGAAGGAGUGUCAAGCACUGACAUUGUUGGUCGUAUGCUUCUUUGUGUGAGAGAAAGGUCCACUAGUGACAGCAACAAUCAUUCUUCCUUGCAAAGGCAAUUCAGCCAUGGUCACAGCCAAAAAUCUGAAGAUGGUGCCUCUGGAAGUGGAACGCGCAUAUCUCAUUUUCUUCCAACCUCUCGCAGAAUUGUGCAAUUCUCCAAUGGGAAGGGGCCUGGACCGGAUGCUCGCAUAGUUUAUAUAGACGGUGCAUUUGAUCUUUUUCAUGCUGGACAUGUGGAGAUAUUGAGGCUUGCACGGGGACUUGGAGAUUUUUUACUUGUUGGGAUUCACACUGAUCAAACUGUUAGGUAA